AUGAAGGCAGUCAUCUUCGUGUCUUUGGUUAUAUUUGUCAUUGCGGUGACAGCUGCCAUCACAUGGGGCCUAGCCUUUUACAAACGAUACCGAGUCCGCCUGCAUGUCACCUCAAGAGGAGUGAUGAUUCCUUCACAGAGUUUGGACCUGGAGAGAUUGCACCCUGCCCCGAAACCUCCCAGCCACAUUUAUGGUCCCAGCUCCACCAGCCACAACACCCCACCAGCCACUGAACUUACCCCGCCUGAGGCACCCGCUGUAAAUCACACAUGA